AUGCGAGGUCUGCUGUCAAUGCGGUCGAUGCACACACAUUCCCCCAGGCAUGCAACCCAGAAGAAUCGCAGACCGCUAGCAGUUGCUCUUGGUCUAGGCUCGAUACCUUUCCUCACACCCGGACGACCUACAUACAAUGACACUUCGCCUGCCUUGUCAGACUCUGCUCUGUUUUCGAGCUCAUCUGGCAGCAGUGCAAAGAAGAGUACGCCAGUAUUCAACGACGGGGGCUUGAAUCCGGCUGCGGUGAAACAGAUCAGUUUUGGUUCAGUGCUCGGAUUGGGCCUGGGAGUCCUGUUCAGCAUGUUCAGCCGGAUGCUUGUGCUGUUGGUUGGCGUUGGCAUCGUGAUUUGGCAGUAUGCUGCACGGAAGGGCUAUAACAUCAUUCCAGCCGACAGACUUCAACGAUAUGUGAAGGGCAUCGAUGUACGGGGCGCCAUCCACGACAAUGUUGCAUUCAAGAUUUCAUUUGGUCUUAUGUUUGCUCUGACAGCAUUCGGCGAGUUUUAG